AUGGCCCACCCUUACGAGCCCUGGUUACGGACAGCCCCACCUAGUGGCAGCUCAGAAGACAUGAACAUCCCCUCGUGGUGGGACCUCCACAGGGACGUCCAACCAGGCAGCUGGAUAGACCUGCAGACGGGCCAGGGUGUAGGUUUGUCUUCAGUGAAUCCAGGGAGUUCCAUGGGGUUGCAGCCAUCUUUAGGGCCCUAUGGCUCUGACCCACAGCUGUGCAACCUGCCUUCAGCUCAACACGCUCCGGCCUCACACUCGCCUCACCUCUACCCCCAGGAUGGCUUCAAGAUGGAGCCAAUGGCCUCUGAAAUGCUGCAGCAAGACCCAUAUUCUCUUGAGGAUCCGCAAGAGACCUCUGUUUCUGCCCGUCCCAAGCCCCAGCGCCGCUCCUCUUCCAGAGGCGCCGGCCAGGCCCAGUGUCGUUGCCCUAACUGCGUCCAUGCCGAGCAGCUGGGCCAGAGCACUGAUGACAGCAGAAGGAAGCACAUGCACAACUGCCACAUCCCCGGCUGUGGCAAAGCCUAUGCUAAGACCUCCCAUUUGAAGGCGCACCUACGAUGGCACAGCGGAGACCGGCCGUUUGUCUGCAACUGGCUCUUCUGUGGCAAGAGAUUCACACGCUCUGAUGAACUCCAGCGCCACCUGCAGACGCACACGGGAGCCAAGAAGUUCAGCUGUGCAUUAUGCCCCAGAGUCUUUAUGCGCAACGACCACCUGGCCAAGCACAUGCGCACACACGAGUCCCCGCCAGGACACGGGGAGGAGAGGGUGAACGGAGAUGGCAGGAUGGAGAAGGGCUUUGAUGCAUCCACUCCCCCUCAGUCAUCCUCAAACGUGUCCGUGUCCGACACCACAGAGCCUCCGAUGAAGCUGAAAUGUGAGACAGAUCAGUCAGUCUCUAGUGUGACAGGGCAGUCCAGCUAA